CCAUCAUCUCCUUUUCAUCUCAUUCAAUUCCUCUCUCCCUCCUCUCUCUCCCCGACCCAAGAUCCUGAAAUCCCAUUUCCAUUCAUUUUUUCUGGGCAUUUUCCAUUUGGGUUUUUCUCUUAUUUGAUUUUUCAUAGCCAUGAAUUCCCUCGUCGCCACCAGUCGCAACUUUCGCCACGCCUCCCGCCUUCUUGGGCUAGAUUCGAAGCUUGAAAAGAGUCUUCUAAUCCCAUUUCGAGAAAUCAAAGUCGAAUGCACGAUCCCAAAGGACGACGGGACUCUGGUUUCGUAUGUCGGAUUCAGAGUUCAGCAUGAUAAUGCCCGCGGGCCGAUGAAAGGAGGGAUCCGAUACCAUCCCGAGGUUGACCCCGACGAGGUAAACGCUCUCGCCCAACUGAUGACAUGGAAGACUGCUGUGGUAGACAUUCCAUAUGGUGGAGCAAAGGGUGGCAUCGGGUGCUCUCCCAGGGAUUUAAGCCUGAGCGAGUUGGAACGCCUCACACGGGUCUUUACUCAGAAGAUCCAUGAUCUGAUUGGAAUUCACACAGACGUUCCUGCCCCUGAUAUGGGAACUAAUUCGCAGACAAUGGCAUGGAUUUUGGAUGAGUACUCAAAGUUUCAUGGCCAUUCACCGGCCGUUGUUACAGGAAAGCCUAUAGAUCUUGGUGGAUCCCUUGGUAGGGAUGCUGCAACUGGACGAGGUGUUGUAUUUGCAACAGAGGCCUUGUUGGCUGAGUAUGGAAAGUCUAUUUCAGAACUGACCUUUGUCAUCCAGGGUUUUGGAAAUGUGGGUUCAUGGGCCGCACAACUCAUUCAUGAGAGAGGUGGUAAGAUUAUCGCUGUAGGGGACAUCUCAGGUGCCACGAGAAACCCAAAUGGCCUCGAUAUUCCAGCUUUGCUUAAGCACAAAGUUGAGACUGGCAAUUUAAAGGAUUUCAAUGGGGGGGAUGCGAUGGAUUUGAACGAGUUGCUGGUGCACGAGUGUGAUGUCCUUAUCCCUUGCGCUCUUGGUGGAGUCCUUAACAGGGAAAAUGCUGCUGACGUGAAGGCCAAGUACAUAAUAGAAGCUGCAAAUCAUCCCACCGAUCCAGAUGCAGAUGAGAUUUUAGCAAAGAAAGGAGUAAUUGUUCUCCCCGACAUAUACGCAAAUGCUGGGGGUGUGACUGUGAGCUAUUUUGAGUGGGUUCAGAACAUUCAAGGAUUCAUGUGGGAGGAAGAGAAGGUGAACCAGGAGCUUCAAAGGUACAUGAGGAAAGCUUUCAUGAAUAUCAAGGCAAUGUGCCAAAUGCACGACUGCAACCUCAGGAUGGGCGCAUUCACGUUGGGAGUGAACCGUGUCGCACGUGCCACCCUCUUAAGGGGUUGGGAAGCAUAAGGAAUUCGAAUUCUUUUCUUUUCACAUAUAUAAUUUAUUGUCAAUGGAGGAAGAAGGAAGUUCUGUCUUACCCAUUACCAUUUUCUGUUUUGCUUUUCCAAAGUUGUCUUUUUUUCUUUUUCUUCUUUUUUCUUUUUCUUUUUUUUUGAUAGGUCUGGGAAAUCAUUUGAAGUGAUAUAGUUGUUUUCACUGGGGGAGUUAAAUGUAUUCCAUUGAAGCUGAAAAAUGCCCACUGAAAUAAAAGGGAAAAUGAACUGUUGAAGUGGAA